CUUAAACACAAUAUCCUUAAUUUCUCAGUUAGAUGAAGAGAAGAAAGAAGAAGUUUUAAGAAGGUAACAUUUGUAUGUCAUUCUUGAUACCGUUCUUAUAUACGGUCUAUGCUUGGUACAGAAGACAAAGUUCUUUUUUACGUUAAAUAAAAGAAUGAAUGUUUCACAAAUGUAAUUUUUUUUAAUGUGACAUAACAUAUGACACAAUAUAACUAAGUAAAGUGUAUUCAAUUCAAUUCAGUUUAUUUUAUACAUAGCCCAACAUCACAAAUUAGGAAUGUGCCUCAGGGGGCGUGACAACCUGUACACAUACGACAUCCCUGACCUUUGACCUUUCAUCGGAUCAGGAAAAACUCCCAUGAAAUAGUUUUUAAAAAAAACUUUUACGGGGAAUAAAGUGAAGAACCCUUUAGGAGAGCAACGAGGAGGGAUCCCUCUGCAGGAUGGUGGAAGAAUAGAAGUCGAGCUAUAACUAUUGUAUCAAACAGACGUCAUGCAUCACAACUUUGCCACUGAGCUUUCACUGAAAGAGAAAAAAACUGUCAGCAAAGUUAAUGACGUGCGAGGAGGCGCCCUCAAAGGAUGUGAAAGUGUAACAUGAGCCAGCCAGUAAAUCUCAAGUUUUUACGAGACGCCCCAAAAGCCCCAUCAUCAUCAGCCCAGAUGUGUGUGUGUGUGUCCGAUAAGCCACACCCAUGACCGAUAAAAGGCUCUGGGUUGCACCGAGCGGCAGCCGUUGGAUCUCGACUUUGAACCGACAACGCUGACAAAGACAGAAACUAUGGAAGGAGGCCAGACCAGCGCCGCGGCUCCAUCCUACAUCGCGUGGUCCAUCUUUAACACCUUCUGCUGCUGUCUGCCUCUUGGGAUCGCUGCCAUCGUCUUCUCCUGUCAGGCACAAAAUGCUAACGCUCUCGGGAAAUCAGCCGAAGCCAUGGACGCGUCGAGGACAGCCAAGAUCCUUAAUGUCGUCGCACUUGUUAUCGGGGUCAUUUUCAUCAUCAUAUUCAUCGCUCUCAAAGCCACCUACUUGAAGUGAGGACAACGUGCCCGCGCUGGAGUCUCAGAAAAGCUCUUGUUAUCGUGAGCUCCCCCCCCCCCGACCCCACCCCGCCCGACUCCACCCCCUCCUCCCGACAAACGACCACUAGAUAGAAAACAGAUGUCCCAUUUGUGUGUGUGCGCAUGAACAAGAUGUUCAAUUGUGUUUGUGUAUCACUUAUAAAACCUCACAGGAAUGCUACGUGUAUACACUGCUUGUGGUGGCGAUAGCCAAAUUAAAGAUGAUUUGUAUCACU